GCAGCUGCCCUGCAGCUUCCCGCACCUCGAUGGAAACGGACCCCUCUGGUUGCAGGUGCCUUCUGCAUCCCCCUGUACGUGCCCUAUGUGCUGACGGGGAGAUGGAUCUUCGGGAGAAGCCUCUGCAAACUCUGGCUGGUAGUUGAUUACCUGCUCUGCACCUCUUCGGUCUUCAACAUCGUGCUGAUUAGCUAUGACAGAUUCAUCUCGGUGACAAGAGCGGUCGCCUACAGAGCCCAGCAAGGCAACACCAAGCGAGCGGUGCUGAAGAUGAUGAUGGUAUGGGUGUUAGCGUUCCUGCUCUACGGACCUGCCAUUAUCAGCUGGGAGUAUAUAUCAGGCCAGAGCAUCAUACCCACAGGGGAAUGCUACGCUGAAUUUUUCUACAACUGGUAUUUUCUCAUGACAGCCUCCACGCUGGAGUUUUUCACCCCUUUCAUCAGUGUAAUGUUUUUCAACCUGAGCAUUUACCUGAACAUACAGAAGCGCACCAGAAUACGCCUGGAUGUUUUCCAUGAAGUGCACAACCAGUCCUUCACUGAAGAGAUGGAAAUGAGCCCAGAAGCAAAGCUUUCUUUGAAAUGCUGUAAAUGGGAGCAGAAGGAGCCAGCUGAAACCCUCGACCUCUCUAAGAGCAAAGCUCAAGCAGCAGCCUCCACUGCCAGCCUGGGUGCCAAAGACCUGCUGUCAACAGGCUGUGAGAGCUCCGGGAAACCUAAGCGUUGCAACAGAAAGAGCUGUAAAAAUGCAGCAUCCGCUCUGUCCAUAGAGAAACAGAUGAAGAUAGUGUCCCAGAGCAUGACCCAACGCUUCAGGCUCUCUAGAGACAAGAAAGUGGCCAAAUCACUGGCAAUCAUCGUGGGCAUUUUUGGGAUUUGCUGGGCACCAUACACUCUCCUGAUGAUCAUCCGCGCUGGCUGCCACGGCCACUGCAUCUCUGACUACUGGUACGAGACUUCCUUUUGGCUGCUGUGGAUCAACUCGGCUGUCAACCCUGUCCUAUACCCUCUCUGCCACUACAGCUUCAGAAGAGCUUUUAUUAAACUCCUCUGUCCCAAGAAGCUAAAGAUCCAACCUCACGAUCCCCUUCAGAACUGCUGGAAGUGAAGGGUGCAGAUGAGCAGAGCCUUGCUGUAAUAUACCUGUGUCAUGGAAAAGGACUGUACCUUGCUGGGAGCACUGGUGUGGGGUGUGUCAGGAAGGCACCAGUGAGACCGCUAUUCAUUUACUCUAGUCCAUCAACAACAAAAUCAGGCAGAAUAGAAGGGUAAAGAGGUUUUGGACAUGAAACACAAUGAAAUCUGUGUCCUCCACUUGCAGGUGCAACAAAAGAGCUCUGCUGCCACCUAGUCAGCCAGAGCGGCACCAGCAUUUUGCUAAAAUAAAGAAAAAUUAAAACUGAACAAUAAAAGCUAGCAAAAAUGUCUAACCUAAAACUACUGGACUAAACUACAAUCUACCGGUUUGUAGAUCCGAUUUCUCCCAUAAACAGGAGCGUUUUUUCCUCAAGAGAUUACACAUAUAUGAUGAUACAGAAAGAAAAGAAGGAAAACACCCAUUUAUCAUUAUUGCUACAGCAGCUACAGCCAUAGUCUAGACCCCGGUUGCAUGUGGUGUGAUAGAUGCCCCGGAGUUUCCAGCCAGACGCAGAGGCGCCGAGCCUCCUGCAGCGCCCUGUUGGCAUUCCCCGAUCCCUGCUUCAAAGCCGAGCCGAUGUCUUUGCGUCCAGCCCCGCAGCGCACACGGGAGCGCUUCCCCCCGCCCGGAGCUGGGCGGCAGAGCUACCCCCGGCCCGCAGGACGCGGGAGCCCCGGCAGACCCGAGGAAGAGGGGUGCUGUGCCUACGGGAGAGGUUCCAGCAGGGCAUCAGCUUCUCCAGAGCCUCCCUCGUGAUGACCCAAAGACAUUUUAACAUCUCUUUUGCAAGAUCUUAAAAAUACUCCAUCAGCAAUGUGUUAGAGAAUGACAAGCACUUUUUUUUUUUUUUUUAAGUUA